AUGGCUUGGGGCUGGGAAGAUUCCGAUAACGCUCACCGCGAGGUGUACGGCCAGGAGCACCACGAGGGCAAGCUCUCUCACGAGCUUAUUGCCGGUGCCGCAUCCUUCGCUGGCAUGAAGGCCUGGGAAGAUCACCAGCGCUCUCAGGGCAAGACCGUCAACCAUGCUUUCGCCAAGGAGGCAAUUGCCGCCCUUGUUGGUGCCGAGGUCGACAAGCUUGCGGAGACCAAGGGUCUGGAUGAGGCUGACAAGAUUCGUGCCCAUCACCACGCCAAGAAGAAUGCUGAGCAGAUGUACGAUGAGCACUACGUUCAGGGUCACGGUGCUGAGGAGUGGAACCCCAACCACGGUCGCAACGAGCGCUUCAACCGUUUCGAUGGCCCUAACGGAGGCCCCGGUUACUACGGCGGUGGCCCCGGAGGCCCUGGUGGAUAUGGCGGCCCCGGUGGCCCCGGUGGCCCCGGUGGCCCUGGCGGCCGUUGGUAA